AUGAAAGACAAAGACAUUACUGAAUUUCACGAGGGACCGCCUGGCUCUCAGCCCUCGCCACACGCACAGCCUCCACCUCACAACCCCAACAGCAUGAUGGGACCCCACAGUCAGCCUUUUAUGUCACCGAGAUACGCAGGAGGCCCACGGCCCCCCAUUAGAAUGGGAAACCAGCCUCCAGGAGGUGUUCCUGGUACACAGCCUUUGCUGCCCAACUCCAUGGACCCUACACGGCAACAAGGGCAUCCCAACAUGGGUGGGCCGAUGCAAAGGAUGAAUCCUCCUCGAGGAAUGGGACCGAUGGGCCCAGGUCCACAGAACUAUGGCGGCGGGAUGAGACCUCCACCCAACUCUCUAGGGCCCGGCAUGCCUGGGAUUAACAUGGGUCCAGGAGCUGGUAGACCAUGGCCCAAUCCCAACAGCGCUAACUCAAUUCCAUAUUCUUCUUCAUCACCUGGUACAUAUGUGGGGCCCCCUGGUGGCGGAGGUCCUCCUGGAACACCCAUCAUGCCUAGCCCUGCAGAUUCGACAAAUUCAAGUGACAACAUCUACACAAUGAUUAAUCCUGUACCGCCUGGAGGCAGUCGGUCGAAUUUCCCAAUGGGGCCUGGAUCAGAUGGCCCCAUGGGAGGCAUGGGUGGGAUGGAACCCCAUCACAUGAAUGGCUCAUUAGGGUCAGGAGACAUUGAUGGACUUCCAAAAAAUUCUCCAAACAACAUAAGUGGCAUUAGCAAUCCUCCGGGCACUCCACGCGAUGAUGGUGAACUGGGAGGCAACUUCCUCCAUUCCUUCCAAAAUGACAACUAUUCUCCCAGCAUGACAAUGAGUGUGUGAUUUCCCUCUUCCUUCACCCCCACGUCCUCUUCUCCAGGAUAAAGAAAAAGUCGGCUGCCCUUUGGAGGAUCUCAAGAAAUUAUGCAAGAAGAGAAGAAGCUAGGUGCAUUUGGCAGGGAGACAUUCAAAGCCGGGGGAUCCAGCCCUAAUUUUUAGUUUCAUGCAAUAAAAAGGCUGAACUUUUUAUUCCAUAAAACAAUGAAGGACAAAUCUUUAAAAUAUUUCAAGACAUGACAAGAUCCUUCUUCUGCAGAAGGAUUUAUUAUAUGUAUAUGACACUUAUUUUUUUUGUUGUUGUUCAUUUUUUUGGAAACAGACAGAAGCCUCUAGCGCCCAAUUUCAGCCUCCUUUGCUCGAUUAUUCUUUUAAAACCUCUUGUAUGUUUGUGCUGUGCUACGCAAGGAAGCUAGUCUAGAUAUGAAAUCUCAUGUUGUCUCUGUAGCCAUUAAAAAUAA